AUGUUUAAAAUACCGGAUGAUGACGAUGAAGAUGAUGAAUUUUGGAAGGAUUUUCCUUUAGAAGAAUUUGAAAAUUUACCAGCAAACAAGGGUGAAAAGCGCCAAGGGUCACCAUUACAAAAAUCUCAAGAGGAAUACAAGAAACUGUGCACCAGGAAUAUAGAAAAUGUUCCUGUGAAUUCUGGUCUUUGCUCAAGCAUUUUGCUGCCAAUCUCUAAUGAUAAUUUGCCUCUACAGGAUGUUACCUUGCCUCAUUUGGCAGGAAUUUCUCAAAAACCAGGUUGUCACUCUGAAAAUUUGGCUACUUCACCUGGCACUCCUGAAAAUCAUUACACAAAGCAGCAACAACAAACACCUCAAAGUGACAGAUGUCCAAAACGUAAGUUUCCAGGACCUGCAGGGAUGCUUCCAAGGCUGGUCCCUGGACAAAAAUUAACAGAUACUGUGAUAAAAUUAGAUGGAAGAGGAGAUUCUCAAUUACAGAAGAAUGAAAAUUUGUUAUCUGCAAAUCCUGUUGAAAACUUUUUUGGUGAGAACCCUUGGUUAAAACUGGUUAGUGACUUGGGUGAAGAUUCUUCAAGAAUACUUAAUUCUUUCUCCAUAAAAGAACUACACCUUAAGGCCUGUAAGAAGCAGUUGCAUCAAGGAAAAGUUUUACUGCUGUUUGCCAUCUUAGAGACUGUUGACCUUUCAAGUAUAGAUGCUAGUGUUAGACUCCGGGACAGAACAGGUUCAAUCCAGGGUACAAUUCACAGAAACCUGGUUAAAGAAUAUGGGGAGCAUCUCCAACCUGGUACGGUGCUGGUGCUGAAGCAAGUGGGUGUCCUCAGUCCCAACCCGCGAACCCACUACCUUAAUAUUACAGCUAACAACCUAGUGUCUCUUUACAGCACCCUAGCCUCUGGUCAGGUAACAGUUUCUGCUGGUUGCUCCAGGAAUGGCGUCAGCGUAUCUGUCUCAGCAGGAGACAAAUAUCGUCUAAGGGCAGAUAAUUGCCCAAACACAAACAUCACUAACCCUACAACCACCAUUGAAGACACUUCAAACAUGUCUGAUAUUUGGCAAGAUGAAUUAACAGAUGACAUCCUGUCUCAACUGUCAGACGACCUUUUCUGA